GCUUCCUCCGGCGCGGGAAAGGCCGCUCGCCGCCGGGGACGGAGAGGAUGCCCUGUCGGCCGCCGGCGGGCAGCCUGGGGUUCGGGACGCGUACCGAGCGAUGAGAGCCGGGGCCGCGGAAGAGGCGACGGCAGCUCCUGCCGCCUCCCCUUCCCGGCUGGCCAAGCUGCUUUCCGCCCUCUUUUACGGGACCUGCUCUUUCUUGAUCGUCCUGGUCAACAAGGCGGUGCUGACCGCUUACAGAUUCCCAUCUCCAGUGUUUCUUGGAAUUGGACAGAUGGCAACCACUAUUCUAAUCUUAUAUGUGUCAAAAUUAAACAAACUUAUUCACUUCCCUGAUUUUGACAAAAGUAUUCCAAAGAAGCUGUUUCCCCUUCCUCUGAUUUAUGUUGGAAAUCACAUAACUGGAUUAUCAAGCACAAGCAAGCUAAGUUUACCCAUGUUUACAGUCCUUAGGAAGUUUACCAUUCCUCUCACAUUAGUACUGGAAGUUGUUAUACUUGGGAAACGCUAUCCAUUAAGUAUUAUAAUGAGUGUGUUUGCAAUCAUCCUGGGGGCAUUCAUAGCAGCUGGAUCUGACCUGGCUUUCAGCUUGGAAGGCUACACUUCUGUUUUGCUGAAUGAUCUCCUCACGGCGGCAAAUGGUGUUUACACAAAACAAAAAAUUGACCCUAAGGAGCUGGGAAAAUAUGGAGUCCUUUUUUAUAAUGCCUGUUUUAUGAUAAUCCCUACAGUUCUCAUAAGUUUCUUCACUGGAGACUUCCAGCAGGCCACCAACUUCAAGCAGUGGAUAAACAUUUUAUUUGUUUCUCAAUUCCUUCUUUCUUGCAUACUGGGGUUUCUUCUGAUGUAUUCUACAGUUCUCUGCAGCCAUUAUAAUUCUGCCCUCACAACCACAGUAGUUGGUGCUAUAAAGAAUGUUUCCAUUGCUUAUAUUGGAAUGCUGGUUGGUGGAGACUACAUCUUCUCAGUAUUGAACUUCAUUGGACUCAAUAUUUGCAUGGCAGGAGGGUUGCGAUACUCUUUUCUCACAAUACGAGGGCAUGACAGCCUUAAGCACCCUGCCGAUGAAGAAAAAGCAAUGCUAGAUACCAAAAGCUAACAGAAGUAAGCAGAAGAAAUCUUAUAUGGACACCUGUGCUUCAAGAAAUCAUAGAAACAUUUGCUGAAAAGGGUAUGAAAGGAAAAUUCUACCUCGUCUUAUUUCAUGACCCACUUCAUGACCCACAAGUAUGUUUUGUGGCAGAAUGUGACAACUAGAAAGCAAUAGACUGAUAAUGUACGUA